CGUCCUCCUCCCCUUCAGCUUCACCCGAUUCUCCUCUCUCUGUCUCUGUCUCUCUCUCUCUCUGACAACGCCACGCCACCAUGAGUUCGUCGGCGAAGAGCUCAAGAGGUUUCUCGGCUUUCUCCAUGUCGACGAGGAAGACAAGGACGAGGAGGGGCUCUGCAUUGGCGUCGAAAUCGUCGCGAAGGAGGAACGGACAGGGGGGGAGGAGGAGGGUGAGGAGCUCUCCAUCGGAGGUCUCAGAGAAGUUGGAGUCCCUCAGGAGUCUAAUCCCGGGGAGAGGGAACAACAGCGGAGGGGAUGAGGAGGUGGUGGCGGCGGCCCCGGCCACGGACAGGCUGUUCCAGGAAACGGCGGACUACAUCCUCCGACUGAGGGCCCAGGUGGUCGUCCUCCAGAGGCUGAUUCAGCUCUAUGGCUCUGAUUCUUCCAACAACGACAACACCGUGUCAAGUGUAGUGUUAUAGUAUCAGUGUUGCAUUUACGGUUUAAUUCAUGGUCGGAUGUUGCAGCUUCUCAUGUCCAAUAUUUGGAAAAUUCUUUUACCUGGAUGGAUGGAUGGAUGGACUUAUUAUAACGUCAAUUAAAAAAUGCAAAGAGACAGAGACAGAGUCUGAAACCAACAAGGAGUGAGUCGUCGGGUCCCCAUGUCGAAUUUAAGUAUGAUCACUCCCAAUCAACUCCACUCUUGUGAUUGUUUGUGUAGAA